AUGAUGAGUGGACAUGAUGCCGAAUUUUUUACGGAAUUUAGUCGAAAACAAAAUCUUGACCGACGUCGUGAGUCAUCUCGUUUUGCUGCACGUGAUCGACGUGGUAAGGAAGCGGAUAUCUUUACGGAUCUCAAAGUAGUGAUACCAAUUGUUGAUGAAGCAACAGUUACACAUGUGGAUCGGAUUGCUAUAUUGCGGGUUGCAUUGACUCUUUGCCGGUUACGAAAAGUUGCAACGAAAUUUUUGAAAACUAAUCUCACUGAGGAACAUCGAUGUUUAUGGUCUGAAACAACAUUGCUAGAGUGUUUAGAUGGUUUUCUGGCUAUUGUUGACCUGGAUGGUAUCAUCCUAUACGUUAGUGAAAGUGUCUCCAUCUACCUCGGACUUACGCAAACUGAUCUUACGGGACGUUCAUUGAAAGAAUUUAUUCAUACCAAUGAUUACGAGGAAUAUAUAAGCUGUGAUAUUGGAGGUGCAAUCGAUCGUGGAAAUGGUCAAGUCCGUACAUUGCGAAUGAAAUCAGUGAUUAGUCCACGAGGAAGAAAUUUAAAUCUCAAAAAUGCUCUAUUUAAACCAGUUGUUUGCUACAUUCGCUCACUGUGUGCGGACAAUGGACGUGUUCGUGUCAUACAAGCUAGUGCGCAACCAGCUGGACAGGGUAGUAGUGUUUUUACAACCUCAAGAACCACCGAUGUACAAAGUGGAACCUACAUGACACGGCAUACCUAUGAUAUGAAAUUUUCAUAUGUCAGUGAAAGUUUCAACUAUAUUCUGCGUCAUGAAGCUCGUUCUUUAAUGGGUACCUCGUUUUACAAUUUGGUUUAUCCGGCCGAUCUUAAUGCAGUGGUUGUUUCGAUACGUGAAAUGCUCACAAAAGGUCACACACGGACACCGUAUUACCGUUUAAUUGGUCUUAAUAAAUCAGUAUUGUGGGUACAGACUGAAGCAACUAUCGUUAAUCAUACGGCAAAAGGACAAAAAGGACAAUAUAUCAUCUGUGUACAUCAGUUAAUUGGCACCCAAAGUGAACGAGAUUCGUUCAUAAACGGAAAGAAAAGCUAUUCGACUUUAAUGCCAAUAAAGCAAGAAAUGACUGAAAGUUCAGAACCAAUGAGAAGCAGUUAUAAUGAAGUAUUACAAUGGCUUUUUCGUGCUCAACAACGUAGCAAAUCUCCCCCAGGAACGUUGCUUUUUCGAACUGAAAGUAAUAAAAAUCGUUCUGAAUACAACGGUCAAUCAACAAGAUAUACGGCAGCACGAGUCGAAACUAUCAAUUACAAUACAAAAAAUGGUAUUACAGUAUCGGGUACUGUUGAUUUUUGUCAUAGAAAUACUCCAAGCAUUUCGCUUGUACAUAACGAUGAUGAAGGAGGAGAAUUCCAUCGAUUUGCUACUGAAGUUGACCGAUGCCGAUUACGAACAAAUAAUAUACAAACAAAUUGUGUCGAAGAAGCGUCUAAUAGAAAUACUCGUGAUAGCACCACUCUUUGCUGUCAGUCUGAUUUUUCAGAAUCUUCAACAGCAAAUAUUAAUGCUGCACGGUUACCCACGGUUUCAGGAACUGAUAUAUAUUUACUACCGCAAAAUAACAUUACCAAUGGUUCAACAACUCUUACUGGAACCGAACGAAAUCCAAUCAGUUUAUCUACUAACGGUGCUCAGAAUACUCGUUCCUUGACUUCUUACGAUCCUUAUAUUAGCAACAAUUUCACUGCUGCUACAACAACCUCUUCACUUGCUCUCAACAAUAAUUCCAUCCACACACAGUCAAACCUGUCCACAACUUCGAUGAACUGUAUUACAGAAACCCAGCGAGUUAUUCAGAAUAAAGAAAAUGGUGAUAGUGAUACGACAGAAACUAUUGACGAAUGGCAGAUGUUUGCACCAUUCGUGGCCCAUGAUGACAUAAUGCAACUAUCAACAGACUUGCAGGGUCUCUUGCCAGAAUUUAACUUUGUUGAUUGGAUACCAUCAGAUCCGGCACCACUGCCAAGUUUGCCCGCUGAAGAAAGAAGUAUGAAACUAUUGGGGAAUGUGUCAAUACCAAAGCAAAUAACAUUUGAUCGAUCGAAUAUGUAUGCAAAUUCUAGCAUUUCACUCAUUUCAAAACCAAAUUCUUUCGGUCUUACUGCUACUUCGUGGCGCCAAUUACAGCAGCAAUAUCAGCAACGCCAUCAAGAGAAUAUGAAUACUGGAGCAACAACAGCAGCAACACAAUGGCUGGAAGUAGAACUGACAACAACAUGUACCCGACCUAACGAUUGUCCAGCUGGAUUGUUGUAUCGAAAUAAUUCUGCAGCUCCUAUGCAAUAA